AUGACUGAAGCAAGUGGUUAUAAAUAUGGGGAGUUACAGAAAGGAAUUCUCACCAAGAUAAGUAAGGAUCUUUUGAAUUUCAAAAAAGCCCCUAAAGAGCGCAAGACUGCAGCAUACUCCUCAGUUCGCCUUGCUAAGCUCGAGGCUGAUAUGGCUACGUCCAAAGUCUACCACGAAGCAAUCAUCGGUGGGGGCAAGUUGGAGGAAAGUUUGAAAAAAGAAGAGUUGCUAGUGGUGUACGACCAAAUCUAUGAAAUUUAUUUAGAGUAUGAGGCAGAAAUGGUUGAGGCAUUGGAAAAGGCGAAGUCGGUAGCUUCAAAUGAGGCAAAAACGAUGGCUCCGACAAACUUUUCAGGGGCUUCAUCAUCACAUACAGCUAUUCGCUUACCAAGAAUAGAUUUGUCUAAAUUUGAUGGGUCGUAUGUAGCUUGGCGAGCUUUUCACGACCGUUUUCAGUCCCUUGUCCACAAUAACCAUACGAUAGAUGAUAUUGACAAGCUACAUUUUUUGCAAUCUUGCUUGGUUGGGGAUGCUCAUCGUUUUUUGCAAAAUCUGUCGGUGGAGGCUGCAAGCUAUGAUAAAGCUUGGAAGCUUCUGGAGGAGAGGUAUGACCAUAAACGCAUUCUGGUGCACAUCCAGAUGCAAGCACUUUUUGGUCAACACUCCUUGCCUCGGGAAACUGCUUCGGGUAUAAGGGACUUCUUAUAUACCACCAGAGAGUGUGUCCAUGCUCUUGAGAACAUGAAAGUGCCAGUGUCUUCAUGGGACAUCGUGCUGAUAUGGUUUCUUCUGCAAAAGUUGCCAAGCUCUACUCAAAAACUGUGGGAAGAGAAGUUGGGUAAUAAUAAAGAGCUACCAACAUUUCAAGAAUUUACCGACUUUUUGGAGAUUAGAUUCCGCACACUUGAGGUCAUGGUCCAACAUGAAUCCGGAACGAGUCGAAGCAAGGACGAGUCUACCACCAACACCAAACGUUUCCAACCUCCCAAAACGAAAGCUUUUCAUGUCAAGCAAACGGCCAAGCAGUCAUCCAAAUUAGCACCGAAGACAUCACCUGCGGAACGUCUUGUAUGCAAACUGUGCAAUCAGGGUCAGCAUUCGUUGUGGCGGUGCCAGCAGUUCCUGAACACGGACUACUCAGGACGAAGAGAUGUCAUUCAUAGACUAAAGGCUGGCACAUCAGGAGCUGCUGCGACAGUAGCUGCGACAGCUGGAACAGCUUCUCAGCCAAGAGCUACCGGUUCCAACACAUUCCAGGCUUCUGUCAACACAUACUCACCUGAGUUCCAGCCAACGGAAGAACUCCAAUCAACAACUUUUAAUUACCACACGUCGCAUGGUCAAGUGCAAACUCACCAGGUGCUUUGGGCGACAGCAGUUGUGAAGGCCCGAGAUGCAGGCGGCAGAACUCGCCUCUUACGUGCUCUGAUUGACACCGGCUCAGAAACUUCAUUCAUCACGGAAUCCGCUGCACAACUGCUGAAGCUGGAAAAGCGGCGUACCUUUGUCGAGGUGUCUGGGUUAGGGUUGGUCAGCAGUGGCAAAACGCAAUUUUCCGUCGAUUUGAAUCUUGCAUCCCGCCAUUCGACAUUCGAAAUCGCCAUACAGGCAUAUAUAUUCAAGUCGCUGACUGGCCAUCUCCCGACCCAACGAGUGAUACCCGGCAAAUGGAACCACCUAAAGGAGCUCUCAUUAGCCGAUCCCUAUUUCUUUGAGCCCGCUCCCAUCGACUUACUCUUAGGAAGCGAUGUAUGUGCCCAAAUAUUCCUUCCGGAAAUUCAAAGACCUCUGGACGGUAACGGACCCAUAACGCAAAAUACGCAUUUCGGGUGGAUCGUAUUAGGGAAAGUUCCAGUGGAAAAUCCACGGCAAGUUCGAAGCUUCGUUCAAACUCACGAGCUAUGCAUGCAAGUGGAAAAGUUUUUUAUAAUGGAAGAAAUGCCGUUUUCAAAAUAUGAAACUCUGGAGAAUAUUGCUUGUGAAGAACAUUUUGCCGAACACACCAUACGUCUCCCAGAUGGACGUUUCCAGGUAGAACUGCCGUUCAAAGAUGGAGGUCAUCCAGUAAUGGGUUUUAGCCGACAAAACGCUUUUCGGCGAUCCUUAGCUCUGGAGAAGAAACUUACUGCAGACCCGAAACUAGUCGCCGACUACAAGAAAUGCAUGAAAGAAUAUGUCGACCUCAAUCAUAUGGAAGAGAUAGCAGAAAACGAUGCGGUUUUGGCAACACCGUACCACUAUUUUCUUCCACAUCAUGCAGUUUUUAAGGAUGCUAGCUCCACAACCAAGCUGAGGGUAGUGUUUGACGCAGCUUCACGAGCUUCGGAUGGGAAAUCCCUCAACGACCGUUUACUUGUGGGUCCAAAAUUGCAGACGAGCAUCAUCGAUCUCGUUCUAAGAUGGCGGACUCACCGAAUCACCUUUACGGCCGACAUCGAGAAGAUGUACCGGCAAAUUUUGGUUAGUUUCCCAGACCGAUAUUAUCAGCUUGUGAUGUGGAGAGAGCACAAAACAGCACCUUUAAAAAUAUUCAAAAUGAAUACCGUCACUUUUGGCACCGCGAGUGCACCAUAUCUUGCCAUCAAGAUUUUAAAGAAGGUAGCUGAUGACGAGCAACACAACUUCCCGGAGGGGGCGAAGGUUGUCCGUGAGGACAUGUAUGUUGAUGAUCUGAUUAGUGGUGCAGAUUCAAUUGAAGAGGCGCGGAAAAAACGCGAUGAAGCAAGGCAACUUUUGGCAACAGCGGAGUUCAACUUGCGAAAAUGGACAAGCAAUGUGAGAGAUCUCGUCGAAGACGUUCCUGCCCAUGACCGAGAGCUAGAUUUUGAGCUUCCGAUUAACUUGUCCAACCACGUGAAAACCCUAGGCAUCAAAUGGUUCCCCAUGGACGAUUGCUUUUCUUACCAGAAUCUUCAACCAUCAGCAGAAGUCACCACCAAACGAUCGAUUUUGUCAACCAUCGCCAAGUUAUUCGACCCACUUGGAUGGAUUUCACCAUGUAUUAUCACGGCAAAAAUUAUGAUGCAGAGACUCUGGGAGCUUGGUUGUGACUGGGAUGAACCUGUUCCAUCAACAUUGAAAAAUGAGUGGGAAGCUUUUCAACGAGAACUUCCUCUCAUAGAAAAGCUACGAAUUCCAAGAUGGAUACACAUGAGUCCAACAAACAAAGCUAUCGAGCUUCAUGGCUUUUGUGAUGCGUCGAUGAAGGCGUACGGAGCAGCUGUUUAUGUUCGUGUCUUGGAUAGCGAAGGUAAAAUCCAUACCAAUCUGCUUUUGGCAAAAACAAAAGUAGCACCCAGCCAACGAACUAUAACUCUUCCUCGCCUUGAACUUUGUGGCGCAGUUUUAGUAGCACAAUUGUUGCAGUACACCAAGGAGGUUUUAGACAUGCCCGAUAUAAAGAUGUACGCGUGGACAGAUUCCACUAUUGCUCUGGCCUGGAUACGAGCUAUUCCUGCGAAGUGGACCACUUACGUUUCCAACCGUGUAUCGGAAAUUCAGCGGCUUACUGGUAUCGAUUGCUGGGGACAUGUUGCAACGCAUCAUAACCCAGCCGAUGUGGCGUCCAGAGGUGUAUUUCCAUCGGAAAUUCAAGGGUUGGACAAUUGGUGGUUUGGUCCUGAAUUUCUGCGUUCUCAAUGGAAUUUCGAGUCUCCAACUCAGCCUGCCGAGGUUGAUCCUGAAGAAGAACGUCGAUCCAUCAAGGUCCUUGCCACUCACUUAAUAGAUAGCGAUAACGUGCUCCAGGCUAUCCUCAAUUCUUCGAGUCUUCUCAAGGUCGUACGAGUCAUUGCUACUUCGGUUCGAUUUAUCAUAAAAUGUCGACCUAAGUUAUACGGCAUUAUCACCGGCCCAUUACAAGCAUGGGAAUUAGAUUUGACUCACUUAUUAAUUAUUAAAGCGGCACAAAAAGAAAUGUUCGAGAAUGAAAUCGAACAAAUCAAGCAAAAACAAAUUCCUAAACACUUACGUGCUUUGAAUCCAUUCAUCGAUAUUGAUGGGAUUCUCCGAGUAGGAGGGCGUUUAGAAAACUCUCUUCUACCUUACAAUGCACAGCAUCCAAUACUUCUACAAAACAACCACCAUUUAACAAGGUUGGUGGUUCGAGAUGCUCACAAAAAUACUUUUCAUGGCGGUAUGCAGCAAAUGAUAAGCUUUAUUCGACAAAAAUAUUGGAUCGGCCAAAUAAGACGAAGCGUGAAACACCAACUGCAUAGGUGCAUCUCCUGCUACAGACAAAAGGCAGCCGAAAUGCAACAACUAAUGGGAAAUUUACCUUCAGCCCGAGUUCGUAUGUCCCGACCAUUCAGCAACACUGGUGUCGACUAUGCGGGGCCUAUUGAAAUAAAAUCUUGGAAGGCUCGCGGUGCUAAGAUACUCAAAGGUUAUUUCGCCAUUUUCAUUUGCUUGGCAACCAAAGCCAUCCAUUUGGAAGUGGUGUCAGACUUAACCACCCAAGCGUUUUUGGCAGCCUUCCGGCGUUUUAUUGCCAGAAGAGGAAAUUGCUCGCAUAUUUAUAGCGAUUGCGGAACAAAUUUUGUCGGUGCCAACAAUGAACUUGCUAAGAUGCUUAAGGAAGCGAAACAUGAUUGGGAACAAAUCGCCGAAACCCUUGCAAAUCAUGGUACUAAUUGGCAUUUUAUUCCUCCUGCUUCCCCUCACUUCGGUGGCUUAUGGGAAGCUGGAGUGAAAUCGGUCAAAUACCAUCUAAAACGCGUUGUCGGAACUGAGCGGCUAACUUUCGAGGAGCUCGCGACGCUUCUAGCUCAAAUAGAAGCGUGUCUGAAUUCGAGACCCCUAUGCCCGCUCUCUGAUAGCCUCGACGAUUUAAAUGCGCUCACCCCUGCGCAUUUCCUAGUUGGUGAAUCGCUACACGCAAUUCCACAAGCGGACAUAAGAAGCGAUGUUACACAUCUCGACCGAUGGAAACGAAUUCAAAAGAUAACUGAAGAAUUCUGGCAAAAAUGGAACUCGGAGUACCUGUCUAGGCUACAACAACGUCCAAAAUGGACUCAAGUAAAGGAAAUGCCAAAGAUAGGAGACUUGGUUCUUCUCAAAGAUGAGCGUCUUCCAUCAACGUAUUGGAAUCUUGCGCGAAUUGAAGGCACACAUUGUGGAUCGGACCGACUUGUUCGCGUUGUCACCGUAAAAACAAAAUCCGGACAAAUAAAACGGCCGAUUGCAAAGAUUUGUAUGCUACCGUCCAAUAAAACAACAGAGCAAGCUGCAAUUAUUUAA